GGUUGGGAAUCAAUAUGAAUACGCCCGCGAAGCGCGCUCGUCGCUGAAUUGUCCGCUUGCACGCGAGGAAUCCCGGCCACGCGAGAACCGCGCGGGAAGGUGAGAGAGAGUAUCCGUUGCGCGAGCGUCAUCUCCGCUUCCGCAGUCACGGAGGAUCGACUCGGUCGUUACCCGCCUCCCCUCUCCUCUCGAGUAUAUUUGCCGAAAGGGUGGCCCGGAUCUCGUUGUACGCGGAACUCGCGCAAUGCAACAAUACGAACGGGGGUGGUCGCGCUGAUUGACUCCGAUCCUCCUCGUCGCUUUCCGACCUUGUGGACGAAGAAUCGCAGGCGGAGGGUGCGUCGCGGAAACAUCAUCGCGGGGUAACGUGGAAGUUCCUGACUCGAGGACUUCGAGAGAAAAAAAACCGACAUCGGAAUCUUGAUUUUCGCUGGUCGAGAAGUGGAACAAGAGCGACAAAGAGUGUGACGUUCACACGGGGUAGAUUGACAAACGGUCGAACGCGCGCGUAACAGGGUCGCAAAGUCAAGAGGAAGAAAGAAAGGUAGAGAGAGAGAGAGAGAAAGGAGAGGCAGUGUUCAUUAAUCAAUUGCACGUUAAUUGGACGACGAGGUCAAUUGCAAGAGGACGAUGGCAGUGAGCGCUUUUUCGACGACAUUGCCUACCACCGAUUUUGCCACUACGUGUCCCACUACAUCCGCGCUCUGGACCGAGGCGUCGCUUCCGCCCGAAGACGAGGAGGAGAACAUCCUGCACAUCGGCGGUAUCUUCCCCAUCGCUGGCGAGGGCGGCUGGCAAGGCGGCCAGGCUUGCAUGCCAGCUGCGCACCUGGCCUUAGAGGACGUUAAUCGCGAAAAGAACUUGUUACGCGGAUAUAGACUGCACCUUCAUUCCAACGAUAGCGAGUGCGAACCCGGCCUCGGCGCAUCCGUGAUGUACAACUUACUGUACUUUCCACCCUAUAAAUUAAUGCUGUUAGCCGGUUGCAGCACGGUCUGCACCACGGUCGCCGAGGCGGCCAAGAUGUGGAAUUUAGUAGUGCUUUGUUACGGUGCAUCGUCGCCAGCAUUGUCCGACCGAAAUCGAUUCCCGACCCUCUUCAGGACGCAUCCUUCCGCCACCGUACACAAUCCCACGAGAAUCAAACUGUUGCAAAAGUUCGGCUGGUCUCGGGUAGCGAUAUUACAACAAGCCGAGGAAGUGUUCAUAUCGACCGUCGAGGAUCUAGAAGCUCGAUGUAAAGAAGCUGGGAUAGAGAUAGUCACCCGACAGAGUUUCUUGUCGGAUCCGACGGACGCGGUGAAAAAUCUCCGCCGUCAAGACGCGCGGAUAAUAGUCGGACUGUUUUACGUGGUGGCUGCUAGGAGGGUACUCUGCGAGCUCUAUCAUCAGAAGCUGUACGGCAAGACCUACGUGUGGUUCUUCAUAGGCUGGUACGAGGACGACUGGUUCGAGAUCAAUCUGGAGAAGGAGGGUAUCACCUGUACCAAGGAGCAGAUGCGACAGGCAGCGGAGGGGCACCUGACCACCGAGGCACUCAUGUGGAAUCAGAACAACGACACGACAAUCAGCGGCAUGACGGCCGAGGACUUUCGAAAGAGAUUGAACAAACAAUUGAAGGACGACGGUUACGAUAUAGACAACAAUCGAUAUCCGGAAGGAUAUCAGGAAGCUCCCCUCGCCUACGACGCGGUCUGGUCCGUCGCGUUAGCGUUUAAUAGAACCAUGGAGAGACUAAGCAAGAUGGGAAACAGCUUGAAGAACUUUACUUAUGAUAACAAAGAGAUUGCCGAUGAGAUAUACGCGGCGGUAAACUCGACCCAAUUUCUCGGUGUUUCCGGAUACGUCGCGUUCAGCUCGCAGGGCGACAGGAUCGCUUUGACACAGAUCGAACAAGUAAUCGAUGGAAAGUAUGUCAAAUUAGGAUAUUAUGACACGCAAAGCGAUAAUCUGACAUGGCGAAAUGUAGAACGAUGGAUCGGUGAGAAGGUGCCGCAAGACAGAACGAUAAUAAGAACCGUUUUAAGAACGGUGUCACUGCCCUUAUUCAUAAGUAUGGCGGCCUUGUCGGUGCUCGGUAUCAUAAUAGCUAUCGGAUUGAUCGUAUUUAACGUCUAUAAUAGACACCGGAGAGUCAUAUAUUCGUCUCAUCCCAGCGCCAACACGAUAAUGCUACUGGGAAUAAUAGGCUGCUUCUUGGCUGUGUUGUGCAUAGGGAUUGACGGUAGGUUCGUGACUCCAUGGCAGUUUGUAAUAAUCUGCCAAGCUAGAGCGUGGACGAUGUCGAUUGGCUUCACUCUUGCGUUUGGCGCCAUGUUUAGCAAAGUUUGGAGAGUCCAUCGACUCUCUACAAAAGCCAAAGCUGAUCAGGGAAAAUCAUUGACGGCUAAACAAAAAGUUUCGUCUAUACAGAAGAAGAUUGAGCCGUGGAAGCUGUACGUUAUGCUGAGUGGAUUGCUAUCGGUGGAUAUCAUCCUCCUCGUCACUUGGCAGAUGGUUGAUCCGUUGCAUAGAAGAAUCGAGACCUUCUUGUUAGAGUUUCCUCCUUACGGAGACGAGGAUGCAAUGAUCAAGCCUGAAUUAGAACAUUGCGAGAGCGAGCACAAUAGUUUGUGGCUCGGCUUGCUUUACGGCUACAAAGGCAUUGUUCUAGCUUUCGGACUCUUUCUAUCUUACGAAACGAGAAGCCUCAAAAUCAAACUGAUCAACGAUUCCAGAUACGUGGGCAUGUCAAUAUAUAAUAUUGUAGUUCUAUGUCUCAUAACGGUACCCGUGGUAAUGGUCAUCUCUAGCCAGCAAGACGCUAGUUACGCCUUCUCGGCUCUAGCUACUAACUUUUGUUGCUUUCUCAGCAUGGCGCUCAUCUUUGUGCCGAAGGUUAUCGAGGUGAUUAGGCAUCCCAAAGAUAAGUCCGAGUCGAGAUACAAUCCGGACGGCGCGGUGUCCAAGGAGGAAGAAGAAAAGUAUCAAAAAUUGCUCAAUGAAAACGAUGAGCUUCAAAAACUUAUCGCUGCGAAGGAGGAAAAGAUUCAAGUCAUCAAGCAGAAGCUGGCCGAACGCGAUGCUCUGAAGGGAACCGGCACAACGAGUCGUUGCAGGCAAGGUCAACCCAAACAAUCCUUCAUCGUUACCGAUUACCCGACUGGCGAGGGGACAUCGGACAGUGCUAUCGGUGGGGGUAUUUCCAUUUGUACAAAAUCCUCUCGCGCUUCCGCUUCUGAUGUUGAGUUUUCAGAGACGUACUUAUAAUCUCUACGCAAAUACGAGUAAAAUCAUACCAUUGUCGGACAUCUUUUCGCGCGACCGCGCGAUACAUUUGGGACCUAAAGUUUCUUUCUCAACCUCUCGGUGAUUAUCAUUACGCUUCGCUUUUAAAGCUUUAUGCUCGAAUAUAUUUCCAAUUUAUUAUUUGUCGUAAGUAUCGAUGGGUAUGUACUUUUGCGUUUCUUCAUAAUGCACUCACAGGAAAAUGUCUCGUUGCAAAUGACUGGAAUAAUAUAUCACAAUGAUGAAAUACUGAUUACAUUUGCACAAUAAGAUAAAAAAGAAAUCGAUCGAGCAAUAAGAGAGCACGUAUUUUUUUCCAUGCAAUUAGUGCACAAUAAAUUCUGUUGUGUUAUCUUUAUUGAUAUAGUUACGUACGCGGAAUAACAAAAAAUAAUUAUUAAUGAAAUAAUAACGAGAGAAAUGUUAAUGUCAUAAAUGUUAGUUCUUCGGCUAACUGUUAGAGAAUUUUUUUCAUUAGAUAAUGCGACUCUUAUAUUAAGUCGCUUUUGUAAAAAUGUACAUUACUUUCGUAGUUUUAGUGCUUAUCUUUAAAUGUUAAACACGCAAAUAUCAAUUAAAAAAUACGAAAACUAGUGACUCUUUCAUGUAAUAAACAAAUUAGUAAUUUUGCGCGAAUAUUUAAAUAAACGAGAAAUACAUGCAAUUAGAUAAAAUCAAGCCUAUGUUAUGUAAAGACAGGCCUUAUCUUUCUGACGACAUACGCAUCAUAUGAAUAUGUUAUUUUUUGUAAUUAUAUGU